GUCUACUGCGCAGGCGUUUUCUUGUCUCAACCCGAGCGACGCCUAAGGCUAACUAUCGAAGAGUUUGAGGUCCGAUACUUCCCUCUGUUCUUCUGCCAUUAAAGGAACUUAGUGCGUCGGUCAAGUCUCUGGUCCUCCCGCUUCUUCCCGCACCUCAUCCUUUCCAAAUCAAGGUCAGGCGCCGGUCAGAAGUCUGUAGAAGCGCGCGCUCUGGAUGCAUGAUUGACAUCCAGCAGUGAGUUCUUCGGCUGUGGAGCUGUGGAAGCAGAGCCUGGAACUUGGCAGGGCUGGAAUAGAAGCGGUUCAUGAGCUUCAAAGUCCCCUUUAACCACGAAAGACUGUAGGUCAGCUGCAGCAGUUUGCCCGGCGACAUCAGCGUCCAGCAGUGAUCCAAACGGCGCUCCCCACUCAAAGCUAAAAGUGGAGAGAGACCGGGGCAGCUCUCGGUUUCACAGGGUGACAGUCACUGAGACAGACCCUGGGGCUGUCUCGGUACUUCCUGUUUCUCACGCUAUAGACCUUAACCUUUAGGGCUCUCUGCGUGCACGCCUCCUCCGCCAAUAAAAGCAAAGUUCCUCGGCCACUCUCAACCAAUAUUUACCAAGUAUCUCCCAGUAGACGCUCUGGUUUGCGCCUGAGAAAAAUUCCCGGAGAAAAAGUCAAGAUUUGUCCCCCACCCCUUAAACUCCUGGAGAGGACUCUUAUUUCCCAUAAAUUUGACUGUGAUGAAGUACGGGUCAUAAUUUAGCAAGUCUGCUUUGUUAACUUAUUUUAAAAGAUCGUCAGAGGCUGUGGCUUGAGAGUUAAGAGUCAGGCAGAGUUAACAGGGAAGCUAUGGAAGCAACUGAGAAAGAGAAAAUCAGUGUUGAAGAUGAAGCUGUGGAUAAAACCAUUUUCAAAGACUGUAGCAAGAUUGCUUUCUACAGACGGCAGAAACAGCAGCUCUCCAAGAACCCCACCUACCAGGCGUUGUUAGAUGCAGUCACAACAGAACCAGACAGGACCAGGUUCCAAAUCGUCAGUGAAGCAACUAAGGUUCCUCUCCGGGUUGAAGUUUAUGGUAUAGAGAAAAAUAUUUUCAGACUUAAAAUCAAUGAAGAAACUCCACUGAAACCAAGGUAUGAAGUCCCUGAUGUCAUCACCAGCAAGCUAGGAACUGUAAGGUUGGUCUCGUGCUCAGGGGAUGCUGGCAGCCUGAUACUGACAGACGGAAAAGGAGAUGUGAAAUGUCAUAUCUCAGAAAACCCAUUCAAGAUAGACUUGGUGUCUGAGGACGAGACUGUACUCAGCAUCAACUCCCUGGGCCAGUUAUACUUUGAGCACCUACAGAUUCCUCACAAGCAAAGAGCUACCAAAGGGAACCAGGAGAGUGUGCCAGCUGACUCCUCUCAGGAAAAUCAAGAAGACCUAGGCCUGUGGGAAGAGAAAUUUGGAAAAUUUGUGGAUGUCAAAGCUAAUGGUCCUUCCUCUGUCGGUUUGGAUUUCUCCUUCCAUGGAUUUGAACAUCUCUACGGUAUCCCUCAACAUGCAGAGUCACACCAACUUAAAAAUACUGGGGAUGGAGAUGCAUACCGUCUUUAUAACCUAGAUGUCUAUGGAUAUCAAAUACAUGACAAAAUGGGCAUUUACGGUUCAGUGCCUUAUCUCCUGGCCCACAAACAGGGCAGGACUGUAGCCGUUUUCUGGCUGAAUGCCUCAGAAACACUAGUGGAGAUCAACACGGAGCCAGCAGUUGAGUACGUCCUGACCCAGAUGGGCCCAGCAGCUGCCAAACAAAAGGUCAGGUGUCGAACGGAUGUGCGCUGGAUGUCGGAGAGUGGAAUCAUUGAUGUUUUUCUGCUGACAGGGCCUACACCUUCUGACAUCUUCAAGCAGUACUCAUCCCUCACAGGCACACAAGCCAUGCCCCCUCUUUUUUCCCUGGGGUACCACCAGUGCCGCUGGAACUAUGAAGAUGAGCAGGAUGUGAAGGAAGUGGAUGCCGGUUUUGAUGAGCAUGACAUUCCAUAUGAUGUCAUGUGGCUGGACAUAGAGCACACUGAGGACAAGAAAUACUUCACCUGGGACAAAAAGAGAUUUGCAAACCCCAAAAGGAUGCAAGAGCUACUCAGGAGCAAAAGACGCAAGCUUGUGGUUAUCAGUGACCCCCACAUCAAGGUGGAUCCUGACUACUCAGUAUAUGCUAAAGCCAAGGAACAGGGCUUCUUUGUGAAGAACCCAGAAGGUGGCGACUUCGAAGGCAUAUGUUGGCCUGGUGUCUCGUCUUACCUGGAUUUCACCAAUCCCAAGGUCAGAGAGUGGUAUUCCAGCCUUUUUGCUUUUCCUGUUUAUCAGGGAUCAACGGACAUCCUCUUCAUAUGGAAUGACAUGAAUGAGCCCUCGGUCUUCAGAGGGCCAGAGCUAACCAUGCAAAAGAAUGCUGUUCAUUAUGGCAACUGGGAACACAGGGAACUUCACAACAUCUACGGAUUUUAUCAGCAAAUGGCUACUGCAGAAGGAUUGAUACAGCGAUCUAAAGGGAAGGAGAGACCCUUUGUCCUUUCACGUUCUUUCUUCGCUGGAUCACAAAAGUAUGGUGCAGUCUGGACAGGAGACAACACAGCAGAAUGGAACUAUCUGAAAAUCUCCAUCCCGAUGUUACUCACCCUUAGUGUCUCGGGGAUCUCCUUCUGUGGAGCUGAUGUGGGUGGCUUCAUUGGCAAUCCUGAGGCAGAGCUGCUGGUGCGUUGGUACCAGGCUGGAGCUUAUCAGCCCUUCUUCCGUGGCCAUGCCACCAUGAACACCAAGCGGCGAGAACCCUGGUUGUUUGGGGAGGAAUACACCCGACUGAUCCGGGAAGCCAUCAGAGAGCGCUACACCCUCCUACCCUAUCUGUAUUCUCUGUUCUACCAUGUCCACAUGUCUUCUGACCCUGUCAUGAGGCCUCUGUGGGUUGAGUUCCCUGAUGACGUAGAGACUUUUGGUGUGGAUGAUGAAUACAUGCUGGGAAGUGCUUUAUUGGUUCAUCCAGUCACAGAACCGCAGACCACCAUGACUUCUGUAUUCCUGCCAGGGUCAAAUGAGGUCUGGUAUGACUCUAAGACAUUUGCACAGUGGAAAGGAGGAUGUACUGUGAAGAUUCCAGUAACCUUGGAUACUAUACCAGUGUUCCAACGAGGCGGAAGUGUGGUGCCAAUAAAGACCAGUGUGGGAAAGUCCACAGGCUGGAUGACUGACUCCCCAUACGGACUCAGGGUUGCUCUGAGCACUCAGGACUCUGCUGUGGGCGAGCUGUAUCUGGAUGAUGGCCAUUCAUUCCAGUACCUCCACCAGGACCAGUUCUCACACCGCAGGUUUUCAUUCUGUUCUGGUGUUCUGACCAGCAGGUGUGCUGAUGAGAAAGGCCGUUAUCCCAGCAAGUGCAGAGUGGAGCAGAUCUUGGUCUUAGGCCUAAGGAAGAAGCCAUCUUCUGUGACUACUCACUCAUCUGAUGGUAAAGUUCAGUCUGCAGCUUUUACAUACUGCGCCAAAACAUCCACCCUGAGUCUGGAGAAGCUCUCCCUGAGCAUAGCUGAUGACUGGGAGGUCCAUAUCAGAUGAUGGGCAGGUGCCCUGGUGAUGAGGGUGGGAGCCUCUGGACCGCUCACCCUCCUACCUCCCGUGAGAUCUAUGCUGCCAUCCAAUUAGCUUCCUUGGAAAAAUGAUAUUUUGCUCAUAUCAAGUGUACUGAUGGCCAGUAGAUUUUAGAUUUAAAGAUUUUAGGUUUGGUGGCCCCUCCUGUAAUCACAGUACUCAGGAAGCUGAAGAAGAAGGAUCGUGAGUUCAAGACCAGCUUAAGCUGUAUCACACAAGACCUUGUCUCAAAAAAUCAAAAAUAAGAUUUCAGAUUUUACAUCUAAAGAUGUAUUGUUGGAAUGCUGUAUAAACACUGCCCUUCCUACAGACCACAAAGCUCUGAGCCAUUGCUAGAGCUCAGUGAGCAGCCCGACCUGCAGCUCCUCAGGAGGCCCAUGUGUGGGGCUUGUCGCAGCAGUCACCCUGGCUGUUGCAGCAGCAGAGCUGCCGAAGCAAUCUCCAAAUAGAUAACAGAGCCUGCUCCUCUCAGGGUCGCCUUCCACCACAGCAAUGCAGGCAUAGAGCCCUCGCCUGCAGACGCCCUCUCCUGCAUGGUCAGGGCUGCGGAAAGCUCGCCCUAGACAGUGACUCAGGAGCUCAAGGGUUGGUGUCCCUUUCUUGCUUCUUACACUCAAAAGUACCAAGUCAAUCUUCAAAUUCAGAUGUACUCCUUUUAAUUAUAUUUUACUAAAUACUCUCUCCUAAUCAAAGAAUAUUCAUAACAUGAAUAAGCUAUAAUUAGUAAUAAUGAAAUAAAUACCCAUGUCCCACAGGUGAACUUCAAAAAUAGAACACAGGACUGGGACUAUCAUAACACAAGAGGCACUUGUUUUAGACACAAUCAAUAAUCAAAAUAAGGAAUAUUUUAAUGCAUGUCUUUAAAAAUCAAAAUGAAUGUAGCCAUGAGGUAAGCAGGCCUGCUUUCUUGCUGCCCAGCUCCCAGCUGCCUGGCUAGCUUAUGCCCCGAAAUAACAACACACAAACUGGCUUUCCCCUGUAAGCAGACUUGUGACCACAUUUGUAGUGAUGAGGCGAGCAGGCCUGCUUUUCGUCCUGCCCGGAUCCUGCACAGCUAGCUUUACACCCAAAAUAACAACACACAAACUGUAUUCUUUUAAACACUGCCUGGCCCAUUAGCUCUAGCCUCUUACUGGCUAAUUCUCACAUCUUGGUUAACCCAUUUCUCUUAAUGUGUAUAGCACCACGAGGUGGUGGCUUACCAGGAAGAUUCUAACCUACAUACAUCUUGGGCCAGAGCUUCAUCGCAACUGCCUCCCUGCCUUCUUCCUCCCAGCAUUCUGUUCAGUCUACUCCACCUAUCUAAAUCCUGCCCUAUCAAAAAGCCAAGGCAGUUUCUUUAUUAACCAAUGAGAGUAACACAUAGACAGAUGACCCUCCUCCAUCAAAUGAAUACAAAAAAACCUAGGCUAAGCAAAAGAUUUUAAAUAAAGAAGCUCAGUGUCACUGACUUCCUUUUGCACUGAGUUCUAAUGUGUCUUGGCACAGUCUUGAAUAUUGUAACAUAGCAUUGCAUCCCAAUGUUUCUGGCUCUGGAGACCCCAAGACUCCCUGCUGUCUGCUUCAGCAGCUACUGGGGAGGCCUCAGUUCCUCAGCAUAUGAGCCUCCCACCACAUUUCUUCCAUGUAGCCACCUGCAGCUGCUACCAUUCUGCCUUCUCUUUCCUUAACCACAGCACCCUCCACUGCUUCCACCUGUACAGCUUACCGUCCUUCCAGACCCACCCCAAUUCCAUCCUGACACCCCAACCCCCCAGUACCCACUGGCAGCGAUUUUGCCCUUCUCUGAAAUGCUACCCCACAGAUAAUUGUGCCCUACUUUACAUUCUCAGGGAUGUGCCUUAGUGCUAAGGAUGACUGUGUAUUUCCCUACUGGAGUGUAUAUUCCUUAAGAUCAUGUUUAUUGCUCUAUAUCUGGUAUACCACUAUGGCACUUUAUUGAAAAGUGCCCCCAUAGACUUGUAUGUUUGAACACUUUGAACACUGGUGGCACUGUUUGGGGAGGUCAGGGAAUUUUUCGGAGGUUCAUCAUUGCUGAAAGUAUAUCAUCGAGGGUGGGCUUUGCUCAGUUAUAACCUCACUCCAGUUCCUGUUUGGCUGCUCUACGUCCUGUGUGCUGUUGAGCACUCAGCCGCCUGCUCCAGCACCUGCUGCC